GCUACGGCUCGGUAUUUCUUCGGUUCUCCACGGUAAGUCGAUUUUUGUUCGGUCAAAACAAAAAUGGCGGCGUAUAAGCAGAGGGUCGCAUAUUUCCAGGAAGCCCUCCAUACGCCAGUCAUAAACCUCAGAAAACUCCGCACUUUAUGUUUUAGUGGGAUUCCCGAGGGGGCAGGGAUUCGUGCUCUAUGCUGGAUGUUGAUGUUAGGCUACUUACCACCAGAAAAAGAGAACUGGAAAAAUGUUCUAGCACGACAACGAGAACUUUACAAGCAAUUUGUCCAUGAAAUUAUCAUUGAGCAGUGCCGUGGUAUCAAAUCUGGCAAAAACGAGAACAAUGUCCAUGUUGAUCAUCCUUUGAACCCUAACCCAGAUAGCAGAUGGCUUGGUUAUUUCAAGGAUAAUGAAGUUCUUUUACAAAUAGAUAAAGACUGCAGGAGGCUCUGUCCAGAUAUCUCAUUUUUCCAAGUGGCGACAAAAUACCCCUGUGAGGAUGUUAUAGGUGAAAAUAAAGAUUUUGAAACUCUGAGGAAGCGUGUACAAAGCCAGCAUUUAGAGGCUUCUCAUGUGAAUACUAGCAGAGUUGGAAUAACAAAUGUCACCACGUCUAAAAAAAUAGCAACAGAGGAGUACAAUGUCUUAGAAGAAGGACAAGAGGCACACUGGGAGGUUGUUGAAAGAAUCCUGUUUGUGUAUGCAAAAUUAAACCCUGGAAUUGCUUAUGUUCAGGGCAUGAAUGAAAUCCUGGGUCCACUAUAUUAUGUGCUGGCUUCACAUCCCAGUCCUGACUGGCAAGAACAUGCAGAGGCAGAUGCUUUUUUCUGCUUCACAAACCUCAUGUCAGAGAUAAGAGACAACUUCAUCAAGAGCUUGGACGAGUCUGCCACAGGGAUUGGUAGCAUGAUGCAGAAUGUUUUGAACUUGAUUAAAGAGAGAGACUUGGAACUGUGGAUAUCGCUGGAAAAACAACAAAUGAAGCCACAGUUUUACAGCUUUAGAUGGCUGACAUUGAUGUUAUCACAGGAAUUCCCCCUACCAGAUGUGAUCAGAGUGUGGGACUCGCUAUUUGCUGAUGAGAGGAGAUUUGAGUUUUUGAUCUUCGUCUGUUGUGCCAUGCACAUGGUCAUACGAAAUGACUUGCUCAAGGGUGAUUUUGUGACAAGCAUGAAACUUCUUCAGAACUAUCCUGAUAUCGACAUUCACUCAAUCCUGUCCAAAGCCAUUGAGCUGAAGCACCCCAGAGCUGUACCCCCACCCCCGAGGGAAAAACAAACCAAACCUGGCUUCCCCCUGAAGAAAAGAUAGCCUUCUAAUUAGCUACAUUAGAUAGUGAAUAUUACAGAUGACAGAAUGUUUCAUAUAUUAGAAAGAAAUAAUAGAACCAAUGAAUUACUCGCUAUUUGCCACUCGCUGUUUGCCAUUCGCUAUUUUCCACUCGCUGUUUGCUAUUUCUCACUCGCUGUUUGCCACUCGCUAUUUGCCACUCGCUAUUUGCCACUCGCUGUUUGCUAUUUGUCACUCGCUAUUUGCCACUCGCUAUUUGCCAUUCGCUAUUUGCCAUUUACUAUUUGUCACUCGCUAUUUGCCAUUCGCUAUUUGCCACUCGCUGUUUGCCAUUCGCUAUUCGCCACUUGCUGUUUGUCACUCGCUAUUUGCCACUCGCUGUUUGGUAUUUGUCCAUCGCUUUUUUUCGAUUCGCUAUUUGCCACUCGCUGUUUGCCAUUCGCUAUUUGGCACUCGCUAUUUACCACUCGCUGUUUGCCACUCGCUAUUUGCCACUCGCUGUUUGCUAUUUGUCACUCGCUAUUUGCCACUCGCUAUUUGCCACACGCUGUUUGCCACCCGCUAUUUUCCACACGCUGUUUGCCACUCGCUAUUUGCCACUCGCUAUUUGUCACUCGCUGUUUGCCAUUCGCUAUUUGCCAUACGCUAUUUGCCACUCGCUAUUUGCCAUUCGCUAUUUGUCACUCGCUAUUUGCCUCUCGCUGUUUGCCACUCGCUAUUUGCCUCUCGCUAUUUGCCAUUCGCUAUUUUCCACUCGCUAUUUGCCACUCGCUGUUUGCCAUUCGCUAUUUGCCAUACGCUAUUUGCCACUCGCUGUUUGCCACUCGCUAUUUGCGCAUGUCCCAUUGUCAGCCACAAAUAUGUCGUUGUUUUAUCAAAAAUUGAAAGACAGAUGUUUAAAAAAAUUCAUAAUAACUAUAUCAAAGCAGAGUUAUGCAUUAUUUUACUUUUAUUUGAUAAAAAAAAUAUUGCGGUUUUGCAUUUCAUAGGUUGGGUGUAACAGUGUCACGUGGGUGUAACAGUGUCACGUGGGUGUAACAGUGUCACGUGGGUGUAACAGUGUCACGUGGGUGUCACGGUGAUAUUUUAAAUGCUAUCCAAGCCAAUGCACACGUUAUACCACAGGCUUUCCAUCCUCGUCAGUAAAAGAAAUGAGAGUGGGAAGCCUUUUGUUAUAGCUAACACGGGGGGAGAGGCCUGUAGUGAUUGUCGUCAAGUAUUUGAGAACUCGCCCUUUGCUAUGUUGGUUACUUAUUUUGACAAGAUUGUAUAUAAAGGUGAAUAAAAUAAGACUUUAUGAUUUGUAA